AUGGAAACCAGUAGCGGCAAUAACAGCAGUAACAUGAUGUGGUUUUUCAAAGACAGAGGUUUUGAUGAUAACAUCAUACAAGGAAUGUUAAAAAGAUGCAAGCGCCUCGAGACGGUUCAUCAAGAAAGAGCAAGUGAGAAUUGGGAGUAUUUGAAAACCAUUGGAAUUCAAGAAAGGAAACUCCCCUCCAUUGUUUCAAAAUGCCCGAAAAUUCUCGUGCUUGGCCUCAAUGAGAAGAUUCUUCCCAUGGUUGAAUGUCUCAACACACUUGCAACAAAGCCUCAUGAAGUUGCCUCUGCUAUUGCCAAGUUCCCUCACAUACUCUCGUAUAGUGUGGAAGAGAAGCUUUGUCCCGUUUUGGCCUUUUUUCAAGCGUUAGGAGUCCCUGAAAAGCAUAUCGGGAAAAUUCUACUGUUAAACCCGAGGCUUAUUAGUUAUAGUAUUGAGACGAAGAUGGGGGAGAUUGUGAAGUUUCUUGCUAGUAUUGGUCUUGAUAAAGAUGGGAUGAUUGGUAAGAUUUUGGUUAAGGAUCCGUAUAUUAUGGGUUAUAGUGUUGAGAAAAGGCUCCGUCCUACUUCAGAGUUUCUGAAGUCAAUUGGUCUGACUGAGCAGGAUCUUCAAGUGCUGGCGUUGAACUUCCCGUCGAUUUUGAGUAGAGAUGUGAACAAGGUUUUGGUACACAAUUAUGAUUAUUUAAAGAGUCGUGGAUUUCAAGGGCGACAGGUCGUUGAUUUGGUGGUUGGUUUUCCGCCUAUCCUAAUCAAGAGUGUUAGGAAUUCUUUAGAACCGAGGAUCAAGUUUUUAGUAGAUGUAAUGGGGAGACAAGUUGAUGAAAUCAUUGAUUAUCCCUGCUUCUUUCGUCAUGGACUGAAGAAAAAAUUAGUGUUGCGGCACAAACUAUUACAGCAGAGGAAUUUAAAUUGCAGCUUGAGUGAAAUGCUGGACUGUAAUGAGAAGAAGUUUCACUUGAAGUUUGGCUUGUGA